AUGACUAAUUUUAAAUCAACUUAUGAGCGAAAAAGCUUCUCUAAACAAGAAUGGAAUGAAGUUGUUGUUGCUUCAGCUUUACCAUAUGAUACCUUGAAAACUAAUAUAGGCGAAGAAAAGGUUGUUGAGCCAAGUAUUCCCUAUUUACUAUUAAAUUACUUUGUGGUUAUGGCUUAUGAAGAGUCUAGUAUGAGAAUGGCUAGGGAAUUGAAUAUCGUUCGCAAUACCAAAGAGGCCAAUGAGUUUAACAAAGUUUACAUGAUUAAAGAACGUGCUCAUGCCAGGGAAUUGAUAAAGAGGGGUAAGAUUUUGGAGGCUAUGGAGGAAAUUAACAAAAAAUUCGGUGUGGAAACGCUUGAGAACAUUGAUUCUGGUAUUGGUUCCGGGCGUGGGAAAGCAUUACAGGGUGAAGAUUUACAUUUCAAGCUUUUGUUAUUGAGUCUUAUUGAAUUGAUUAGGCGCCAUCAUCAAAAUCCGCCCCAAUCGGAAGAGGAAUCUAAUCAAUUUAUCUUGGACCUCAUACAAUAUACACAAGAGAAAUUGGCCAUGAAGGCAAUUUCACAUAAGGAAUACAUGAAAGAGCUUGAAUUGGUUAUGACUUUAUUGUUGUUUCCAAUGGAGGCCGUUAAGGACCAAGAUGGAAAUAGUAUCAAGGUUCCUAAAAGCCUAAGGAGGUUAUAUUCCUUAUCGCUUAGGUCUAAGAUCGCGGAACUGGUAAAUAGGAAGCUUCUUCAAAAAAUACAUCCUCAAAUUGCACUUGCUUGUGCUAAGGGCGGUUAUCCGGAUCUCCUAGGCUGCAAUGUAGCUGACAAAAAUCUAGCACAUUUUAACGAUCUUCUAAAGUCCCGUGCUAAAGAAGAUAUUUCAUUAAAUCUAACAAAGGAUUCCCUCGCCGGUAUGAAGGAUAUUCCGGAGGGAUCGCUAGGAAAGAAUACCUGGAAUGAAAAUAGUUGGGCCUCUACUAGUCGUAUGCUUCAAGAACAAAACUUAAAGCAAAAUAUUAACCCCCUAGAGGAUAGGCCACAGAUGGAGUACCAAGUAAAGUUGGUUCAAGUAAUGAAAUUAUGGGCAUGGUGUGAAAAUCAGUUACAUGGAAAUGACAUCGGUGUACCAAGGGUAGAAAGUAAUUCGUAG